CGUUCGCCGUUUCCUAUCAUCGCUAUGCGUUCAUCAAUUCCCUGCGUUGCAACGCAGAAAAGCGCACCCUACGUAGUUCUGCGACAGCGCUGAACCGCGUCUGGGCUGCCAUUCUUUCAUCAUUCACAUUGUAACAAUCUUAGUUUAGGAUGACAGCUGCACCUUGUUGCUUACUCACCAAGAAUCGCUUCUUGUAUAUCCUACCCUGAAUCCCUCCACAUCUUUAUUACCUCACCUCAACUCGCCCUUACAAUGGCUUCGAUCGCAAGUCCUGACCGCGCAGAUCUGAUAACGCCGCCUGCUUCCUCUGUGGCGGCUUCACACCACCCAUCGCCUUUACCACAGCCCCGAAAACACCCACUGCAGCCCGGUGGCACGAAAGAGAGCGAGCUCAUCAGAUAUCUAGACCAUGGCGUGAACCAAAUCCAGAAACGCGUUGACAAUCGCGUGACGAACAGGAAGACGCCAGCCCUCCUUGGUCAAGAAGAAGGAUACCGCGCAUUCUGGGAAGUUGCGAAGGACCUGGACGAUUUGGUAGAUGUUGUCUGGGUCUCGGGGUCACCAAACCUGCAGAUUCCCUAUCUCCUCAACCUCGCCGUGCUCACUGUCGACUUUCUUCCACAAUUCCACAACACCUCGCGUUCCACCCAAGCCACCUUCCGGCUCCUUUCGAAGCUCGACUACGCUUUCUCAUCUCUUCUCACAGGUCACGACUCUUCGAGCGGAGAGACUCUGCCAGGCUUCGAAGCGGGCCGUUCGGUAGCUACGACAGACAAGGUGCGACUGAAGGGCAUUGUUGAUCGCACGCGAUUGACGGUGGUGCGUGUGCUGAGUGGAGAAAGUGUUGUAGGAGAGGAUGAAGAAACGACCGAGGGAGAAGCAAUGGACACAGAUACAGAUGGCGCUUACAGGGUAGGAACUAGGGCAGAUCAUGACACUGUGACAUUUGAAGGGUUUGAACACAAUGAGGACGAGGAGGAGGACGAAGAUUGGGAAGAGCGCAACAUUGGCAGCAUCUACGAGAAGACGAUAGGAGAGCUGGGUGAUGUUCUUGGUGGGCCGCCUAUUGGGAUCAUCACAGACGAUUGGGGUGUCAAUGGGACCGACAAAGAAAGGAGAGGGCAAGGCUGCAUCGAGUCCGGCGGAGAGAUCGAACUAUGAACACUUCACGAAUGGCCCAUGAUACCUUACGAUGGAUUGUUCCCUCUAAGCUUGCCACAAAUGGGACCUAAGCAAUACCAUGAUAUGUCAGACCACCAUAUCCACGGUCCGGAUCUUUCAAUGAUUGGCCCUGUCGAGACAUCAAGCUCGCUGCCCUAGAUCGCCCUGGUGAGGGAAGAGACUUUGAGCAUGCUUCCUGGUGUUCUUCUUUACGGAGCACUCAAGUCUCACCAUGCAGGUGUGGUGUAUGGCAGGAUGGGAAGGGACGUCCGUUUGCUCUUGCCCAACUGGACACACGCUACGUCACGCACAACGCCAACCACGCGAUUGGCCUGGCUGCCGCACUGUAGUAAUAUCGCGUUGCAAGAACAGCCUCGCCCAAUCUCUUUACACACUAGACAGACGCACACAUUCGGCGCCGGUCGACACACUUCGUUCAUUGCAUGUAUAACAGUGUUGUUCGGCGUAUUCAUUGCUUCAA